AUGGAAGAGGUCGGAAAAGGCUCCGGCGGAGCGAGCCCCUCGGGCGCCGUCUGGCCGCUCGCCGGCGCGGGGCAGGCCCCGAGAGGGCGGGAUGGCGGCGGGGAAGGGGAUCCGGGGCCGGCGCGGCCCAAACAGCAGCAGCCGCCGCGGCGGGAGGCGGGCGCCUUGGAGCCGCGGCGGCAGGAGAAGGAAGCGGAGGCGCCCGGCGGUCCGCUGGAGGUGUGGGAGCAAGAGGACUGGUUCCCGGGGCUGGAGCUGGGAGAUCUGCUGGAGGCGGCCCGGCCGGACUGGGACGUGGACGCCGAGCUGAGCGGCUGCUUCUGUGGGGAACCGGAGCCGCUGCCCCCGCCGGGCCAGGGCCAGGGCCAGGGCCAGGGCCAGAGGCCGGCGGCGGCCGGGCGGCGGAGCGGCGGGGCUGGGAGCCGGCUGAAGGCGGCGGCGGCGGCGCGGCUGAACCGGCUGAAGAAGAAGCAGUACGUGCUGGGGCUGGAGAGCCGCCUGCAGGGCCUGGCUGCCGAGAACCGGCAGCUGCGGGACCGCAACCGCGGCCUGAGCCGCCGCCUGCGAGAGCUGGAGCGGGAGAGCAGCUACCUGCGGGCCGUGCUGGCUAACCAGAGCGCUCUGGGGCAGCUCCUCAGCCGCUUAGCCGGGAUCCGCGCCGGCGGGCUGCAGCUCAGCAGCAGCCUCUUCAGGGACACGGGCAGCCCCCGCCGGCAUCGCCAGCACCAUCUCCAUCCCGCCGGCGAGAGCAGCGACCACGACUACGCCCUGCCCAGCUCCCGGCCUGCCAGCCUGGAGGAGGCGGCGGUGGUGAGGGAGACGGAGGAGGAGUGGGCGGCCCCCGGCGGGAUCUGCCUCCACGUGGACCGGGAUCAGGUGUCGGUGGAGUUCUGCUCCAUCUGUGCUCGGCGAGCAGCGGCCUCCUUCAAAAUUUUCUCUUUUAGGUGCUUGCCCUGCCAGGCUCCGUUGUGUAGGGGUUAAAGAACAGUCGUUUUCCACCUCGCAACCUGGUAAGGAUCAAUAUAUUCCCAUAAUGCGGUAUCAGACAGCUUGCUUUGCUUAUGCCAGUCUUGGAACGACUGGUUCAGGAAAUGAUUUCUCUGGUCCUUGGCCUACUCUGCCAAAACGUUUCUAGCUCUGGAUGAUAACGAAUAGGAAAAAUUAG